CCGCGCCUUCAAACAAUGAACCCGAGUGACGGAUCAUCUCGAUGGGAAAUAGUGCAGAUUUUCCUUAGCUUCAUAAGAAUUCCCUCGGACAGUGUGCUCGGUUGUGGUCAGUUACGAUCACAAAAAGGCAACAUGUUAUUACCAUUUAAAAUAUUAGUAUUUUUUGCGGUUUGUGUGAAUAUUGGUCGCUGUGCUCUUUUUUCACCCUGCAAAACCAACGAUUCGAAAUGUUUUGAUGCAGCUUUUACUAAUGCAUUCCCCAAGCUUUUAUCUGAGGAUAGUACUUUAGGCAUUGGGCCAUCAGACCCUCUACACAUCGAUUUGAUUGAUGGAAACCUGUCGAUAUUAAAGUAUAAAUUAUUCGACUCGACAGUCAAAGGUUAUAAGGAUUGUUCUAUUACGAAUGUAAAGUCAAAUCUCAACAGCCUUACCCUAUAUUUUGAGUUGGACUGUCCAGGAUUCGACUCUACAGGCAAAUAUGAAGUAUCAGGUCGCCUCAUUGUUUUGCCCGUUGAAGGGAAGGGAGAAUAUCGACUUACCACAGGAAGAUAUUCAAUAGCUGUCAAUGCUGAAUUGAAGGAAGUGCGAGAUAAAAACGGCAAAACAUACUUCGCAAUUAAAAAAAUUAAGCUUAAGAACGAAGCAAUUGAACCUGUAGUAUUCGAUUUUAAAAAUCUAUUUAACGGACAAAAAGAUUUGUCUGACGCGGUUCAUAAAUUCGCGAACGAGAACUGGAAGGAAGUAGCUAAUCUGGUGCAGGAUCCUGUGUAUUACGCGCAGUUAAAGCAACUGGUUAUCCAUUUCAACAAACACUUAAAAACUGCACCACUGGAGGAAAUAUUUACUUGCUACAUCUGCAUUAGAAUACUUGUUAUAAAUUCAAUUAUGUUUUCGAUUUUUGAAAUAUUAGCUUUAACAAUACUGUGCGUUAGUGUCGCUCAAAGUGACAUAUUCUCGCCAUGCCAUCUUAACGAUUUGGCCUGUGUUGCGACGUCCAUCAACAAUGCCCUGCCUCAGAUCUUGUCUGAAAACAAAGCCCUUGGGGUCGAAUCAUCUGAUCCCUUGAAAGUUGACAUGAUUGAGGGAGACAUGUCCGGUAUUAAGUUUAAAUUUUUCUCUCCAAUCACUACCGGAUUCAAGAAGUGUGUUGCGAAAAAUGUGAAAAUAAACUUAGAUACACUUACAAUACACCUGGAGCUUGACUGUCCGAAUCUAGAAACAACUGGCACAUACGACAUCUCUGGACGUCUCAUCACUUUACCAAUUGAGGGAAAGGGAGACUUUAAAAUUUCUGCCGGAUCAUACAAUAUAAUUAUCGAUGGUGAUUUGGAAACUGUGGUUGGAGAUGACAACAAAGCAUAUCUCUCCAUCAAAUCUUUUAAACUGAAAAACGAAGCAACAGCUCCAAUUUCUUUUGACUUCAAGCACCUUUUUAAUGGACAAAAGGAUCUGGCGAACGAUGCCCUCACUUUUGCUAACCAGAACUGGAAGCAGGUCUCCGGUCUCCUGCAGGAACCUAUAUGGAACAACAACAUGAAGAGAAUCAUUUCUAACAUCAACAAAUACUUAAUGACUGAACCCCUUGAUAAACUUUUCUUAUCUUAAGUUGUGAAAGUAAAAAUACUAUUACAUACUAAUAUAUGUACAUGUGUACAUUCGUAGCACAUAUAACCCAUGUAUCAUUCUCGAGUUUUUCUACAUAAAUGACAAAAUAUUCUUCGGCUAUCAGUCCAUCUCAUAUGAAAAAGACUGUAAUUUUAAACAUUUUAUUUAUAUUUUGACUUUAAUAAAAAACUGUUAUAUAUCUAU